GGGGCCACCCACGCAGCCUGGGGCGCCCACGCCGCCGCCGGGAAGAACCGGCGCAGACAAAAAGGGGCCAGGAGAGGACACACGGGCUGGGGGACCUCACGCCUAGCAUGGGCGUCACGUCGCUCGGACCCGGGAGAAGAUGCGCGGGCGGCAGGGAGAUGCGCACACAAAGGGGCCACAUCCACCGUCGCCCGCACAGACGCCCGGAGGGGCCCAGGCUUGCAGAACGGGGACCCCAGUCAAAGAGGACACACCCACUGGGGCAGACAAAGGCGGCCACACCCCCAGCGCACCGGCAGCCCGACCCACGCAGACACACCGCGGGCACCACAGCGAGCGACGCGGGGCGACGCACACACACCCACACUCACCACACACCCACGGAGGGGGUGUGGAGGGCCCCGCUCCCCGGGCAUCUCGGCUGCAGCGCGACAAGGAGACACAUCCGGGAGCCCUGCCGCGCGCCAGAUUGUCUAAAGCCACCGGGAAAAUGGUGGAAAAUUCACCGUCGCCAUUGCCAGAAAGAGCGAUUUAUGGCUUUGUCCUUUUCUUAAGCUCCCAGUUUGGCUUCAUACUAUAUCUCGUGUGGGCAUUUGUUCCUGAAUCUUGGCUAAACUCCUUAGGCUUAACCUAUUGGCCUCAAAAAUACUGGGCGGUCGCAUUGCCUGUCUACCUCCUCAUUACUAUAGUAAUCGGUUAUAUACUCUUAUUUGGAAUAAACAUGAUGAGUACCUCUCCACUCGACUCCAUUCAUACAAUCACAGAUAACUAUGCGAAAAAUCAGCAGCAGAAGAAAUACCAAGAAGAGGCCAUCCCAGCAUUAAGAGAUAUUCCUAUUAGUGAAGUAAACCGAAUGUUCUUUCUUGCAGCCAAAGAACUUACACCCAAAACUGAGUUGUGUGUAGACUAGCGGCACACAUUUAUUAUACGUUUUUGAUGUAAUAAUUUUGACCAUAAUUAUUUUGACUACCUCUCUUAUUAAUCCCUGGUGUUGAAAUAUAAAAAGAUGUAAGCUGAACUUCUCUUAGGUUAAGUUUCAUUAGUAUUUAAGUAUUCUCAAAUAUAAGUUAUUAAGGAGAGAAUAAAUAAAAUACUGCAUUACCAAAA